GCAACAAGGUCUACGUGCACCCCGAGUCGCCCAACACCGGGGCGCACUGGAUGAGGCAGGAGAUUUCUUUCGGAAAGCUGAAGCUAACGAACAAUAAAGGUGCUAACAACAACAACGCACAGAUGAUAGUACUUCAGUCCCUACACAAGUACCAGCCCCGACUUCACAUUGUGGAAGUGACCGAAGAUGGUGUUGAAGAUCUGAAUGAUUCCUCAAAGACUCAAACGUUUAUUUUUCCUGAAACGCAGUUCAUAGCAGUUACAGCAUAUCAAAACACUGAUAUUACACAGCUCAAAAUUGACCAUAAUCCUUUUGCAAAAGGCUUCAGAGACAACUAUGACUCCAUGUACACAGCUUCCGAAAAUGACAGAUUAACUCCAUCUCCCACGGAUUCUCCUAGAUCCCACCAGAUCGUCCCUGGUGCCCGAUACAGCGUGCAGCCAUUCUUCCAGGAACAGUUUGUCAACAACCUGCCCCCAGCCAGGUUUUACAACGGUGAGAGAACUGUCCCUCAGAGCAAUGGCCUGCUGUCCCCGCAGCAGAACGAGGAGGUGGCCAGCUCUCCCCAGCGCUGGUUCGUGACGCCCGUGCAGCAGCCCAGCGCCAACAAACUGGACAUGAACUCCUACGAGACAGAGUAUUCUCACAGCCCCUUGCUCCCUUACGGCAUCAAAUCCCUCCCGCUGCAGACGUCCCACGCUCUGGGAUACUACCCCGACCCGGCGUUCCCGUCCAUGGCAGGCUGGGGGAGCAGGGGCUCUUACCAGCGGAAAAUGACGACAGGACUAACUUGGCCCUCCAGAACGAGUCCCCCGGGAUUCACUGAAGACCAGCUUUCCAAGGACAAGGUGAAAGAAGAAAUUGGCUCGUCCUGGAUAGAGACUCCACCCUCUAUAAAGUCUCUAGAUUCAAAUGAUUCUGGGGUCUACACAGGCGCUUGUAAGAGAAGGCGGCUUUCCCCUAGCACUUCCAGCAACGAAAAUUCCCCGACAAUGAAAUGUGAGGACAUUAAUGCUGAGGACUAUAGCAAAGACACUUCAAAAGGCAUGGGCUACUAUGCCUUCUAUGCUAGUUCUUAGAGCAUUUUUUUUUAUUCCAAUUGGCUGUUUUGGUUUUUUGGUGGCUUUUUAUUUUUUCAGGGUGGCCUUGGGUUUUUUUUGCAUUACAAUUGCCAAAAAGACUCUUGCCUUCCACCUUGAGUUGUUGUGUGCAAUUCUAAAGAAGGUGCCAAAGCUUUUUGACUGUUGCAGGUAACAAAGUAGGGAAAGAGCAAACCAUGGGAGAUUUCUUCCCCUUCUUUUAGAAGGAACCAUAUGCAGAAGCUGUAAGGAGUAUACUCUAGUGUCUAAAUGUGUGGCAUAUUUAUUGGAGACACUAAAGUAUACAGUUUGGGUUGGCUCAGAAGCCUGAUUAAAUCUAUGCACUCCUGAGCAAGGAAAGAGGGGGUGGGAUCCCAAAUUUAAUUUCCUUCCCUGCUUAAUAAAAGGGAACUGGGUUGCAGGGAAAUGCACAAAUGCUAUGUUCUGCUUUAGACUGAGCUGUUUUUUCAACCCAUCAACAACACAGUUGGCUGAGUUGGAUAUUGCUCAGCUACAGCUUUUUCUUUUGGCAGAAAAUGCCAAAAUAAGGCCUGCUUGCCAGGCAGGAUUUUGACUUGAAGGUUUUGUUGCCAACAGGAUUACAAUGACAAAUCUGACUUUUCUUAGCUUAGAGCUUGCAUUAAAAAACCCUGCCUCCAUCCCAAAAGCCUAACCUUUAUUAAGGUGGCCAAAAACCAAGUGUACAUUUGGUGUUUUGUCUAGGUACACUGUAGAAUAUUGUGGAAUAAUGUAUAAAUAGUUGACCUAUAGCUGUUCAGUUGGAAGGACAUCCGGUGGUGUAUUGAAGUUCAAAAGGCAUUUUUUGAUUAAUCAAACUUAGCUUAUGACACAUUGCAAAAGGAGAUUUCUAUUUAUGUGUAUGUCAAGUGACUUUUACACUGCCCUGUAUGAAACUGGAAGUGAUGUAACUUUACCCAUUCUUGCCUAUACUUUCAGCCAUUUUAAACUGCCCCAGAGCAACUGGCCCACGAAGUUUUUCCCCUUCCAAUAAAGUUGUUUCUGUUUUUUUCUAUGUAGAUAGUAAUAAUUUUUAAUAAAUGUGGUGGUGC